AAACCAUAGGCUCUGUUCAAAUAAUAGAUGAAGUUAACAUGUACACAUGGUUCCGUUUGAAGAUCAAGACGUUCAACUAUGAGCCCCGCGGCGAAAUUGCUACGCUCGCUGAGGUAAUUCUAAGCUUCUACCUGCACUAUGAUACCUCCCCAGAUAAUAAUUUUUACUAGAUACGGGGUAUGUUACUCCAAAGAUACGGAGUAUACGUACACACACAAAGAUUCCUGUAAUCUACUCCGUUUGGCACAAACUUUUAUCCUCGAUGCCUGCCCUUGUGUCAUCCAGCGGCUGCAGGAGGAGCUGAAGAAAAAUCCAGGCUCUCGCCCAUUCCAAGAGAUAAUAUACUGCAAUCUUGGCAACCCCCAGGCUCUCGGCCAGCGACCCAUAACUUUCUUUCGCGAGGUUCUUUCUUUGUGUGACAAUCCAACCCUCCUGCACAGAGACGAGGCUCGUAUGUUAUUCAGUCCAUGCGCCAUAAAACGAGCGCGGAAGAUUAUCGAGGCAAUGCCAGGCAGAGACUCCGGUCCAUAUACUCCUAGUCAGGGAAUCAGAAGUUUGCGUCAAUCAGUUGCCGACGGCAUUGCUGGGAGAGAUGGUUAUCCAUCAAGGCCGGAACAUAUUUUUCUGACAGAUGGAGCGAGUUCAGCGGUAAUACUCUCUACACUCCAGAGCUCCAUCACAUAUUCACAUUACAUUAAUUUGACUAUGCAGAUGCUCAUUAGAUCCGAGGAAGAUGGAAUUUUAUGCCCUUUACCUGAAUAUCCAUUAUACUCGGCUUCCAUUAUACUUCAUGGUGGAACGAUGGUACCAUACAACCUUAGUGAGGCUCGUGAUUGGGGGCUUGAGAUUUUCGAAGUGAAGAGGUCUUUGGAGGAGGCUCGUAUAUGCGGUUUGACUGUUCGAGCCAUGGUGGUCAUAAAUCCUGGAAAUCCUACUGGACAAGUACUCCCUAUCACUAACCAGGAGGAGAUAGUGGAAUUUUGUCGGAAAGAAGGUUUAGUUUUACUUGCCGACGAGGUAUACCAAGAAAACGUCUAUGUGGAGGAUAAGAAGUUCAAUUCUUUUAAGAAAGUUGCCAGGUCACUUGGCUACAGCGAGAAUGACAUCUCUAUAGUGUCAUAUCAUUCGGCUUCAAUGGGGUAUUAUGGAGAAUGUGGCAGAAGGGGAGGCUACAUGGAGAUAUGUGGUUUUGGAGAAGGUGUGAUUGGUGCGAUUUGCAGGGUGGCCUCUAUGACUCUUUGCCCCAAUAUAGGUGGCCAAAUUCUUACCAGCCUAGUUAUGGAUACACCUAAGGUAGGGGAUGAUUGUUUUGAGAGAUUUUUGGCCGAGAAGGAAAACAUUCACUUGUCUCUGGUCAAGCGUGCCAAGACCUUGGAGGAUGCGUUCUGCAGCUUGGAGGGCGUUACCUGCAACAAGAUAGAGGGCUCAAUCUACCUCUUCCCCAGGAUCCACCUACCUGCGGCAGCGAUCAAAGCUGCCAAGACCGAGGGUGUCUCCCCUGACAUUUUCUACGCCUGCCGCCUCCUCGACGAUGCCGGGAUCGUCGUCGUCCCUGGCUCCGGGUUCCACCAGAUCUCUGGACGCAACAGGGCCUCCGGGACAUGGCACAUCCGGUGCACGAUCCUCCCCGGCGAGGACAAGAUCAAGGACAUGAUCUCACGCCUCAAGGCCUUCCAUGAGGCCUUCAUGAACGAGUUCCGCGACCGAAGCUGAUGCAGAGAUCGCAGCUGCGCGGCGCACGGUCUGAACUUUGGCGGCAGUCUGCUCUUGCCUGUAAAUUAAGCCUGUAUUGUACGACUAGUAAAUAAAACUUGUGCAACA